CGUGAACUCGAAUCGAACAACACAUCAUCAUCUGGGAGAAGAUCGUCGGAGAAAAACGGGCCAAAAGUGGAUCAAAAAGUGCAAUUUUGGCAUAAAACAUCAUGAUUCACAGUUUAUUCAUCGUCAAUUCCAGUGGCGAUGUCUUCCUGGAGAAACAUUGGCGCAGUGUCGUGUCCCGCACUUGUGUGUCCUACUUUUUGGAUGCCCAGCGGGAGAACCCAAAUGAUGUCCCUCCGGUGAUUUCCACACCCCAUCACUAUCUGGUAUCGAUUCAGCGGGGAGGAGUUUCGCUGGUCGCUGCUUGCAAGCAGGAAUGUCCGCCGUUGUUCGUCAUAGAGUUUCUCCAUCGAGUGGUGGACACCUUCGAGGAUUACUUCUCGGAGUGCACGGAGAGUAUAAUCAAGGAAAACUACGUGGUGGUCUAUGAACUGCUGGACGAAAUGUUGGACAAUGGAUUCCCGCUGGCCACGGAGAGUAACAUCCUGAAGGAGCUGAUCAAACCGCCGAAUAUUCUGCGGACCAUUGCCAAUUCCGUGACGGGGAAGUCGAAUGUUAGUGGCACGCUUCCUACCGGUCAAUUGUCGGCCAUUCCAUGGAGAAGAACCGGCGUUAAGUACACCAACAAUGAGGCGUAUUUCGACGUGGUGGAGGAAGUAGAUGCCAUCAUCGACAAGAAUGGGCAGACCAUCUUUGCGGAAAUUCAGGGAUAUAUCGACUGCUGCAUCAAACUGAGCGGAAUGCCGGACUUGACCCUGUCGUUCAUGAACCCGCGCCUAUUCGACGACGUUUCCUUCCAUCCGUGCGUCCGCUUCAAACGCUGGGAGUCGGAACGGAUCCUCUCGUUCAUUCCACCGGACGGUAACUUCCGCCUGAUGUCCUACCACGUCGGGUCGCAAAGUGUAGUAGCAAUCCCAAUCUACGUGCGGCACAGUCUAAGCCUCAAACCGGGCGAACAAGGUCGAAUGGACAUUACGGUGGGACCGAAGACGACCCUGGGUCGCGUGGUGGAAGGUGUUAAGCUGGAGAUCCGGAUGCCAAAAGCGGUGCUGACGUGUGCCCUGCUCGCCAGCCAGGGCAAGUAUACGUUCGAUCCGGUGACGAAAACCCUCCACUGGGACGUGGGCAGAAUCGACGUGACCAAACUGCCGAACAUUAGGGGAACGGUGUCGGUGCAGUCGGGAUGUACUUCGCUGGAGACCAGCAUCGAUCGGGUGCAGUUCACCAUUUCUCAGCUUGCUGUGUCCGGGUUGAAGGUGAACCGACUGGAUAUGUACGGCGAAAAGUAUAAGCCCUUCAAGGGGGUCAAGUAUGUUACGAAGGCAGGCAAGUUCCAGAUACGCAUGUGAAGGUAAACGCUCUUCUAUUGUGUCAAUCUCAACCGUAUUUUAUGUUGUGUAAUCACCCAGUAAUAUAUGUUAUUUAAGAGAUUAUACCAUUCCAAUUUGA